UCACUUUCAAUUUUCUUCAUAAUAGAUAACAGUGUACGAUGCCUCACUCGUUAUAUAGAUUCUACACAGGUGGUUCUCGUCCGGGUUAUAUCCGCGGGGUAUAUUAAUUUCAGUAAAACAACAGCGCGAAAACAUAAUCAAAAGAAAUCCCACCAUGGCCGACCGCCGACCACCCUGGAUACUCGACGCGAUGAAAAAUCCCGAACAAAACCCCCAGGCUCUUCAGACAGCCAACAAAGCGGUCUGGAACAUGGCUGUCGAUAGACGGACACGCGAGAUUCGAAGGGGGCCGAAUGGACGGCCUCGGGUGUUAGGGGAAAGGAGCAUAUAUAGACCUCCUCCUGCAGGGUUAUCCAAGGCGGAGCAAGAAAAAUGGUUACACAUACGAGAUAUAGCCAAUGUCUUUGUGAGUUUAAUUCCUCGUACAAAGCUCCGGCGGCCGACUCCGGCUCGAACGAGGGUACCGGAUGGAAAUCCUGCGAGGUUAGCCGAGGCGGAUGAUCGGAGGAGGGCGAAUUUGCAAGCUCUUCAUAGGAGAUUGGAUGGGGAGUUUUCUAGGUCUGUGAAUAGAGCUGCUGAUGCACGGGUACGUGGGGUGAAGAUGAGGGCGAAGUUGCGAGAUGUUCAACAUCUCACAAGUUAUUUCGAGAUGCUUGUUGUUGGUUUUCUCAGAGGGGGUUUCGGGUUCUUUCUGUUUAGUGAUAGAUGCGCAUUGUCUUCAUGGGCUGGAUGUGGUCUUGAAGAGGAAAGAGAUUGAAAGGUGCUGUAUAUGUCGGUCUCUUGUACAUCACGGGGAAUUGAGAGAUUGCUUUGGGAAUUAUAUUGUUUUC